AUGGGGAGGCUCUGCCAGCAGUGCCUGAGCUGGUGCAGUGUCUGUCCCCAUCCUGUUCUCAUCCCACUGUGUGGAUUUCUCCAACCACCUGGUGGGGCCCUACACACAACGCUCAUGGGGUUCCUCAAAGCUGAGGUGCGGUGUGUGAAAGUGUUUGGAAAAGGAACCUGUGCUGUUUCAGCUGCCAUGGAUCACAGUCUGCACACCUGAAAUUAGAUUUCUGGCAGAGAGAGUCAGUGCUUGGCACCUGGAAACAGCAGAACUCAUCUUCCAGAUGAGUUCUUCCAGAUGAGACCUUCCAGACACAUGACUGUGUCUGAAGGAGGAACACUGAGUCCGUGGAACAGCAACACUGGUGAGCUAGGUUUACUGAGCCAGACAACAGAUUUGAUCUCUUCUGAUGGAAACAGUCUGCUUGAGAAGCUUCCUGGAAGGGUUUGCUUUGUGAUGGUGUCAGAAAAUGAGUCCAUUCUUGCUGCAGUGUACCUGGCAGACCCAAUGGGAUUCCACAGGCUCCUGGAGGCAGAUUUGGAACAUGAAGGAGUGGUUCACACAGUGAUCUCUGCAGGCAACAGCAUCGCUGUUACUGGUUCCCAGUCUGCAUCUAUCCAGGUGCAGAGUUUAUCAGACCAGGGGUUGCUACUGGAUGGCACGGGAGCACCAGUAACAUUCUUGGCCCUGUGCAACUGCACUUUGGUUUCUGCCUCUCACAGUGCACUGCACCUUGGAGUGUGGAACCUCUUUGACCAUCAUCAGCAGAAAAACUGGCAGGAACUACGUGAAGUGUGCGACACACUGGACACCUCUGCCCAAGUGAGAUGCCUGAAAAUAGCUGAGCAAAACCAGCUGCUUUUCACUGAGUUUAUAUCUGGAACAGUUCUUGUCUUUCCACUGAACUCCAGGCAGGACACCGCAUGGAUCCCACCUCCAGAGUGGCCGAAACCAGUCAAGGACAUAGCAAUAAACAAGCCGGAAACACAGCUUGCCAUAGCAUACGAUGAUUUAGUCCUCAUGCUGGAUAUUAGCCCUGCAGAUCCAUGCCCGGUGAUCGACAUCUACACCCUUAAAACUGAGAUCCCUGGCACUAGGAUUUCCAGUGCUAUCCUUGCAGAUUACAGAGUCCUCUAUGGCACAACUAGCGAGGACUUAUUCCUUUAUGACUGCCCUCGGGCCCAAGUGUUUCCUUUGGAAGGUCACAGAAGCCAGAUCUCCUCUUUGGAAAGCAGCCACAGAGAGCAGCAGGCACUCAGUGGAUGCGAAGAUUUCCUCCAGUGUCUCUGGGACUUGGAGUUCUGUCAGCAGGAACACAAGAUGUGCUAUUCUAAGCCCACAGCUCUUCUGAAAGGCAUUUGCUGUGCUUGCUUCUCAAAAGAUGGUAAGUAUUUGUACACUGGAUUGCAGGAUCAGUCCAUUACAGUCUGA